AUGAUAUUGGUUGCCCUGUACACAGAGACCUUCGGGACGAGCGUGUAUUCCUCCCCGCUCAAGGAGCAGGAAUUUCGUGAAAACCUUCGCGUGCUACUUCAAAGAGAUGCCCCUGAGGAGCUUCACCGUCUUGAGUGGUACGUCGGCAAGUGCGUAAAAGACUAUGAUGGAGCCUAUGCGAUGCUGUUUGAGAGGUAUCACAAACCUCACCAUGGUCCUGCAGCAUUUCAGCUCACCAUCAAAUCUGUCGCCAAUUUGACGAUGGAAAAUGGGUCCCCCACCACACGUGAGACGUGCUAUGUAAGGGUUACCUCAAGUCGUUCAAAAAAAGUUACCAAAAUGGUGCCGUACCACAGGCGAGCACUUUUCAACGAGACUUUUGAUAUGGCAAUAGAUAACCCCAGGGACGAUGCCAUUUCUUUUGCUGUCUACUCCGCCAAUCACAAAUUUGGCGAGUGUCUUGUAUCAUUGAAUGGCUUACGCCCGCGGCUACCAAAGGAACGCACACAUGACAUUGUCUACGCCGCAGGAACCGGGGAUGCUUGCUACUGUGGAACCAUUACAAUUGUUCUCUGUCCUAUCAAUUACGGCACGGAUUCACCUGUGAGCGAUAUGGAGGACAAACAGAGACGCACUCGUCUAAGGAACUACUUGUGGAAGUACCUUCGAGACGAUUUACAUCGUCUCGACCCCAUUGUAGCAUCUAUUGACAACAUGGAUGCGUUCAUGCAGACGUUGGUGCGGGAGUAUGGGCCUGAACCCCAUCCACACACGAUGCAACUUCGGAUUCAACACUUUCGUCGCGAUAUCAAGGAAGAUCAAUUUAAAACGUAUGCCGUAGUUGUUCGUAUGGGCCCUGAAAUUUAUCAAACAGCCGGGGUGCACUUCUCACAAGAUUUUAUCUUUAAUGAUGAGACGAUGCUUUCCAUCUCCACAGCAGAGAAGGGGGAACUUCUUUUUAUGGUAAUUGAUGAGGCAGAGGCCAACGAUGUAGAAAUUGGACGGGUCGUCAUAUCUCUUAAUAAUAUAGUUCGAGAGACUAUUUUUCGACUCUCGCUGCAAGUGUAUCAAGAUGCCUUAACGACAGAUGCCAAGGUGGUGGGAACGCUCUUUAUUGAAGGAAUUCUUCAUGGAUAUGGCUUGACAGAAGAGGUGAGUUCUCCGAAUAAGCAAAACUACUUUCGUCAGCGUGUGCAGGCACUUUUAUCUCGCUACGAUCCUGCUCAACUGCAUCGUGUGGAGUAUCUUCUUGGUGAGAACGUGCAGCAAGAGGAGAGGCUUAUCAAGGAACUGACAAAAACAUACGGUCCAGAAACAGGGUCUACUCCCAUGCACAUUCGCGUUGUGAGUAUACGCGAUUUUAUUCCCAUGUGCUCUUGUUACGUCAAGGUGUACUUGGACGAUGCCUUGGUGCUUCGCACCAAACAACAUCAUGCGGCUAAGAUGUUGAUGUUUGAUAUUGACAUGAAAAAUGAGAAGACGGUGUCUAUUUCAAACCCGCUGCAUUCUGUGCUACGGUUUAAGGUGUGUGAACAUCGACGACUGCGUCCAUCGCGUUUAUUAGGGGUUGCUGAGAUGAGCCUUCGCAACAUGGUGCGAGAUGAGCCCAAUUCUUGCUCACUGUUUAUCAUUGAUGAGGAGAGUCAUGAGGAGAUUGGCGUGCUAGAAGUAGAGGUACAGUCCCCAGGGUUUGUAAAGGGAACUGUGACGGUGUAUAGUAAGCCAAACAAUGGCACAGAGGGGAGUGCACUGGAUGAAGUUACAAGGGAUGUAACCUCAUUGAUGAAGAAAUACCGUUCACAAGUUCUUCAUGUACAACCCCUUAUAGCACAAAUCCCCUCACUGAGGGAAGCUCAUCAAGAGCUACGGAAACGGUUUGCACCCAAUCCGGUUGAUUUUACGUUUUAUCUUCAUAUUGACAAAAUUGAUAUGAUUCAGGAGGAGGACAAAAACGCACUAGAAAACGGCAAUAUCUCUUUAUUUGCCUCUUUUUUAAAUGAGGAGGUGCGAUCGCACUUAAAAGUGGCAUGGGCCAAUCGAAUUGAUACGCGUAAAUACUUUCCGGAAAUGCGCUUGGACAUUGCCCUUCCACGGGGUUCGGAGUCCUCGCUACGUUCGUGCCCGCUCGAAAUUGUCAUUUAUGGGUCAUCCAUGCCAGCUAUCCAGGCAACUUCGCCGUUGUCGAAACGGAAUACCAUCAGCAACCGCCUUAUUUUGCCAGAGAAGGAGUUGGCACGUGUUGUUUUGUCUCUUAGAGCUCUUUUAACCAAACAGGUGUACCAACUUGGUGAAGAAGUGAGAGUGCCUAUUAUUCGUUCCUAUCGUUAUACUGCCAUGGCACGCGGACCUUUGGGCGUUGGGGGCACCGAGAGUGGCGUCAUCAUGGGUGAGAUGACGUUACACAUCACCACUCCUGCCUUUGAGCACAUCCCACGUCGACUUCGAUUUGCUUCAGCGGCGAUGCGACGAUAUCAUCGUGGGUACGUCCGCUACUAUGAAAAACGGAUCUUGUCUUUCUAUAGAGCCUACGAUCCCGCCUCCUUACUUGAUUUUCACUUUAGGCUGUAUGAGCGAGAUGUGGCGUCCGCCCGCUGGCCCCUCUCACUGCAUGACUGGUUGCUGGCGCUUAUAAAGAGAUAUGGGCCGGAGCUGACCAUAAACUUUGGGCCUCCACCAGAGCUUCCAUUUGACCCCGAGGCGGAGGAGGAUAAACGGUGUCGAGAAAAUGAUAGGUACAUCAAUUUCUCACCUAACGAGCGGGAAAGGACGAGGACCCCGCCGAAGAGUCACUCGCACUCGCGCUCACGUGGGCGUCGCGUGAGCCCACAUCGUUUAGUGUAA